GAAUUCGGAAAGGUGGUAAACUUAAUUUUUUGUUUAGUCCUAUUGUGACAGUAGGUAUGUUAUUCUAAAACUUUAAUUAUUGGCCAAAAGUACGAUCUUGCGGUUGUUUUGGACCUGUAAUAGGAUUUAUACACAUUGAAAAUUAUCAUUCGCAAGUUUAAGCGUGAUAUUAGUCAAUCACGGUGCCAAAAAAGGUGGAUAUGUCUGAUCAACGUAUAGAAAUAUGGCGGAAGCAAGGAUUGUUGCCAUUCGAACUUGGAUUCAUUCCAGAUACUUUCCUGAAGCAAGCCGAAGAAGAAUUAAACGAAACACCGGCCGUACGGAUGCACAAUAUUAGAAUGAUAAGGGACAUGAUGAGAAAGGAAGAAAUUUUCGUUGGUGAAGAAUUCGACGACAGAUUCCUCCUCCAAUAUCUUCGUUUCAGGAAACAUGACGUAGCCAAAGCUCUUUCUGUGUUAAAACGAUUUGUCAUAUUUCGAAGAAAAUAUAGAGACAUGUUUUCAAGUGCUAACUUAAAAAUGAUCGUUAAUGUUGUAAGUCAAGAAAUAGUAACUAUUCUGCCAUGUAGAUGUCCUGAAGGCUGUGCCAUCAUGCUCAUACAGUUAGACAAUUGGGAUCCAGAAAGUUUCGCUUUGAAAGACUUUAAAAGAGGCGGAAUGAUCUUACUCUCCCAAGCCAUUCGAGAACCGCUGACUCAAAUCACCGGAUUCAAAGUCAUCGUGGACGUCCGAAGCAAUCCGUUGAAACAUUUAAAGUACUGCACUUUUUCAAAUCUGUACCAACUGUAUCAUGGGACUCAGGAAACGUCAUCUGGUCGAUUUAAAUCCAUUCAUGUACUCAACAAUUCAGUGACUUUCAAGACGGGUUGGUCGAUGAUGAAACCUUUCCUGCCUGAAAAGAUAAAAAAUAGA